AUGUGUUAUAUCCAGAUCUUCAGUUUCACAUUUCCGCUAACAAUCGUUAGUCCAAUGAUUAUAGUGUUAAUCAAUGUUUUGUGUCGUUUGCAUCUGCGAUACAAAGACGACUGUCGGCUCUCAGAAGCGCUGAGUAUGGACUAUGUCUUCUGGCACUCGACUCUCGACCUAAACGACGAGUUAAAGUCAAUCAAUUACGGAGAAUCAAUCGUUUGGCUCUUCAGUCUAUUGUCUCAAAUAUGGAUAACUUUACACAUUUGGGAACCGACUUCUGAACGAUUGGCCAAAACCGACAAACUGUUCACAAAACCGGAGUAUUGUUGCGCUUUCAUCGACCAGUCGUUAAUUUUGAACCGAAAGAUUGAGACCAAAGGCGAAGUGGAUGUCAGGAAAAUGAGCGCUCAGGACAUCCAGAAGAGGAACGACGAGACGGUUAGGAUCUAUAUGUGCGCCACGAUGUGGCACGAGAGCAGUGAUGAGAUGAUACAAAUGCUUAAGUCUGUGCUCCGGAUGGACAUCGAUCAGAGUGCCCGGCGACAGGCCAUGAAGUUUUUUAACACCAAAUCUACCGAUUAUUACGAAAUUGAAAUUCACAUACUCUUUGACGACGCGUUCAUCGAUAGGUUCAGUGAAGUGGGCGGACAGACAACGAAGGAACGGGUGGUCAACAGUUAUGUGACACAAUUCGCAGAAGUGAUCGAUAAGGCCGCGAGUCAUGUCCACGAGUGCAACAUCAGACUUAAGACACCCGCACUCACGCCCACUCCAUACGGAGGACAACUCGUUUGGACACUUCCCGGAACUAAUAAACUAUACGUUCAUUUGAAAGACAAGGAACUGAUUCGACACAAGAAGCGCUGGAGUCAGGUUAUGUAUAUGUAUUAUCUGUUGGGCUUCAGAAUGAAAGACGUGGAGGAAGAAAAACGAGACAAAAUAGCAGAAAACACGUUUAUUUUAGCCCUCGACGGGGACAUCAACUUUAGACCAAAAGCCGUUAGACUUUUAUUGGAUCUGAUGAUUAAGCACAAGAAUUUGGGCGCCGCCUGCGGGCGCAUACACCCCAUCGGUGGCGGACCGAUGGUCUGGUAUCAGAAAUUUGAGUACGCGAUCGGCCAUUGGCUACAAAAGGCAACCGAACACGCGUUUGGGUGCGUCCUCUGCAGUCCCGGAUGUUUCUCACUAUUUCGGGCCAAAGCCUUGAUGUCCGACAAUGUUAUGAAUAAAUACACGUCUAAGGCAUCGGAAGCCGUGCAAUACGUACAGUACGAUCAGGGAGAGGACCGAUGGCUUUGUACUCUUCUCCUCCAACAGGGUUGGCGCAUUGAAUACUGUGCCGCUUCGGACUCGUAUACUCACGCGCCCGAAGGGUUCGGCGAGUUUUACAUCCAGAGGCGCCGGUGGGCGCCCUCAACAAUGUUCAACAUUUGGGAUCUGUUGGCAGAAUCUAAGCGAACCGUUCAAAUCAACGAUAAUAUAUCGACACUAUUUAUCAUAUAUCAGUUCGCACUAAUGGUCGGCACUGUCUUAAGUCCGGGAACCAUAUUCUUGAUGAUCGUCGGUGCCAUAAAUACCAGUUUCAAUCUGACGAGUGAUAUGUCUCUAUUAAUUAGCGGUCUUCCGAUUCUGGUAUUUAUAUUUGUGUGCUUUUUGGCCAAAAGUGAUCUUCAAAUUCAAGUGUCAAUCGUAUUGAGUAUCGGUUACGCGAUGCUUAUGUUAGCCGUUAUUGUGAGCACUAUUAUAGAGAUAGUGACGGACGGCUUAUGGCAACCGACGGCCAUAUUCUUCGUGAGUCUUAUGAUGAGUUUCGUGAUCGCAGCCAUUCUUCAUCCCACGGAAUUCCUAUGCGUUUUACCACUUCUUUUAUAUAUGCUGUGCAUUCCGUCGAUGUAUCUCUUGCUUACCAUUUACUCUAUGACUAAUUUGAAUGUCGUCUCGUGGGGCACACGGGAGGGCCCGCCGGCGGCAGUCGGUGUUCCACAACCGGCGGAAAAAUCGGUCGAAACAAAGACUGAUUUUCUCUCAAAUGUCAAGAAUUUAUUCAAUAACAAGAGUAACUCACGAGUCGUGAGUUGUAUGUGUUGUACAAACUCUGACCAAAGCGAGGAUAAAGAAAUUUUGAAAGAGAUUCACGAAAUCAAGUAUCAAAUGACUGAUUUCAAGACAAUGAUGCAGUCGUCUGACGAUCGGAUCGUCAAAAUCAAUCCCAUAUUUACCGAUAAUAUGAGUCCAUUGAGUCGGACGAGUGGUUCGAGACUUCCCAAUAUCAGUGAGAAUGAGGUCGAAGAAGAAUUGGAUCACAAUUUUAUACGACGACAACCGGGACGACAAAGUGGCGGACAAUUUGAUUCACGAAGAUUUGAGUCGAGAGCCACUGAUAUAACUUUACUGAGUGACGCUUUCGAUGAUAAUUACGAUAGUUUAGAGAUACAGAAGCCUUUCUGGACAACAGAGCAAUGCUUUGAAUUGUAUUCACACCAAGAAUUAGAUGACACGGAAUCGCAAUUCUGGCGAGAAUUCAUUGAUUUAUAUCUCCUGCCACUCGAUAAGGAUCCCAAACACGAAGAGAAAGUUCAGUUUGAUUUAAUACAACUCAGGAAUAAAAUCGCCUCCGCUUUCGGUCUAUUGAAUGCUUUGUUUAUUUUAUUGGUUUUAUUGCUUCAAAUGCAUAAAGAGAUCUUCGAAUUCAGGAUUGAUAUCGGAAAUGGAAACAUAAUCCGUUUGGAUGUGAUUGGCCUGAGUUUAGUGAUAUUCUUCGGCAUUAUUUUGGUCAUCCAAUUCGUGGGAAUGCUUUUCCAUCGGUUCAACACAUUCUCACUCUUACUAUCGGUAACUGAACUAAAAAUGUUUAAAUCGGACAUUCAGUCGACAAACGCGGAGCAAGUGAUCAGCGAGAAUGCGGUCAAUAUUGUGAAACAACUCCAGAAACUAAACAGCAAUGAGAGUAACAUUAAAGCCAAACGCACUCUCAGAAGGAAUCCCAUUAGACCGGAGACACAGCGUAUUGUCAAACACGUGCCAAAUAGGCCUGAGUUCGUCGAACUGGAGGACGCUUUUGUCAACAGAUGUCUGAGUCUUAAAGACAAUUUUGACAACGAGGAAAUACUACCCGAAUCUAGACUAUCGAGGGGUGGAAGGAAUCGCACGGUUCGCGGCCACGACUUAAGAAAAAGCAUAUACAACAGUGUGCAGGAUAAUUUGGAGGAUAUGUUGAAAAAGAUGGUACCGUUUGAUGCGUGCAAUACUGACGUCAAUUUCAUUCAAAUCGAUGAAAAUGACAAUAACUUAGAAGAAGGCAACAGUUUUCCAACGGUUUGGCAGAAAAUAGACUCCGAUAUCAACCGAAGAAGUGGUUCUCAUUUGAGCCAAAUAUUGAGUGCAAUCUAUAAAACAAGAUUUCUUCUGCCAAUCAGUCAAUUGGAUGUCAAUUAUGAGAGCGCUCUUAAGGGAAGACAUCCACACAUUAUUGGGAAGAUUCUCAUCACUGAUGACAGAAGUUAUGCUUUACUGACGGAUAUAAUUGACGUCAAUCUUCUCAAAGAAGAACCGUUU